AUGGCAUCUGUGCAAUUGUCGUUCACGCUACCUUCUUCUCUUUCGGCUACCUUCUCACCGCCACCGGCCCCCAAGCCCUCUUCGACGGCCCUCUCACAUCCCUCCACUGAGGUGUCUGUAGAGAACUGUAAUCAACUUGACCAAGAAUAUGUCUUUGUUUAUGUCAAUCCAAAAGAGGUUUCAAAUAAAGUGCUGGUAAAGUGCCUCGUCAUGAAUGAGAAGUUACUCAUUGAUGCCUUGAAGGAAGGGUUUUCUAACCCUGCACACCUUGAGAUUUGUGUUAGGGAUUAUACUAUAGCAAAUGAAAGUAGCAAUUAUUCUGAGCAGAGCGCUGUGGAGAAGACAAGAACAGAGAAACAAAGAGAAGAGAAUACAGAGCGCUGUGGGCUUCAAAAUUGGGGAUUAGGGUUUUAA